AUGCAGUCGAACGUCAAGGAUGGGUAUUAUGCCGUCGAAUUGAAUCGCACGGUUUGGGUUAUCCCGAACCAGUACCAAAAUCUGACACCAAUUGGGACAGGCGCCUACGGGACCGUAUGUUCGGCGGAUUGUACAAAGACAAGUCAACGGGUGGCUAUUAAGAAGUUUUCUCGGCCUUUUCAAUCGCCGAUUCAUGCCAAACGGACACACCGUGAAAUCCGACUUCUCCGCUGUAUGAAUCAUGAAAAUGUCAUCGAUCUACUGGACGUAUUCACCCCCGAUAAAACGAUGGACUCCCUCACCGACGUCUAUUUCGUAUCAAUCUUGAUGGGCGCCGAUCUGUCAAACAUUCUGAAGAUACAGCGGCUCAACGACGAGCAUAUCCGCUUCUUGAUAUAUCAAAUUUUGCGCGGGUUAAAGUACAUCCAUUCGGCGGGCGUGAUUCACAGAGAUCUGAAGCCAAGUAAUAUUGCCGUCAACGAGGAUUGUGAGUUGAAGAUCCUGGAUUUUGGCUUGGCACGACAGACAGACUCCGAAAUGACGGGCUACGUUGCUACACGAUGGUAUCGCGCGCCGGAGAUUAUGCUCAAUUGGAUGCACUAUUCUCAGACGGUGGAUAUCUGGUCGGUCGGAUGUAUCCUGGCAGAGCUCAUCACCGGGCGUACCAUCUUUCCAGGAGCCGACCAUAUCGACCAGCUGACACGCAUCAUGAGCAUUGUAGGCACGCCUAGUGAAGAGUUCUUGGCCAAAAUCCAGUCGGAAGAGGCACGCAACUAUAUAAGGAAUCUGCCGAGGAUGCCACGCAAGGACUUCAAACAGAUAUUCCCCUCAGCCACCCCUGAUGCCAUCAGCCUUCUUGAAGCCAUGCUUAAUCUGGAUCCAGAUCGACGACCUACCGCUUCAGAGGCUAUGGAACACCCGUACCUCUCGCAAUAUCACGAUCCAAAUGACGAACCGACCAGCGAGGUGCUACAGCUCGAUGACGACGCCGAAUUCGCGAUCGAGCAGUGGCGUCAACUUAUCUGGAAAGAAAUUGCGGAAUAUCGAGCCGUAGCGGCUGGUGAAGACCAAAUGCAAUAC